GUUUUGUUCGCAUCUAAAUAAUUGCUCUCAAGUUAAUUCGACAUCAAUAAUAAUCCGCAGUAAUGGCAGACAAGGUAGCAUCACCUGUAGCAGCCGCUACUCCAACCAGUCCGGCUGUACAAGCGAAGAAAGGUGCCGCUGCUCUGAAAUCGCAGAAACCUCGUACCAAGCCGGCGCAUCCUCGUACGUCUGAGAUGGUCAACUCUGCAAUCUCUACUCUGAAGGAACGCGGAGGUUCAUCUCUGCAGGCUAUUAAGAAGUACAUCUCAGCUACGUACAAGAUCGACGGAGAAAAACAAGCACCUUUCAUCAAGAAAUAUCUGAAGGCUGCUGUCAGCACUGGGGCUUUAGUUCAGACCAAGGGCAAGGGAGCUUCUGGCUCGUUCAAGAUUUCUGCUACGAAGAGUGAGACUUCCAAACCCAAGGUAAAACCAGCAGCACCAAAACCAGCUGUACUCAAGAAGAAGGCUGCCCCCUCAGCCGUUUCUUCUAAUAAGAAGGUGAGCGCCGCCAAGAAAGCAGCUGCAGCCAAAAAAACCGGCGCUGCUAGUAGUGUUGUUACAAAGGAAAAGCGCAAAGUCGCUAGAUCCCCGGCCGCCAAACCACCAAAAGCAAAGAGCUCUUCCAAGGCCAAGAAAGUCGCUAAAGCACCUACAAGCAAGCCUAAAGCACCGAAACCGAAAAAGGCAACAGCUGCCCCGAAAACCGCCAAGCUAGCACCGAAGAAGGCGGCUGCUCCUAAAAAGAAGUAAAUCGCUUCGAUUUGCAGGCGUCAUCUACAAUAGCAAUGAGCAGCAGCAGCAAGCAGCAGCAUCAACACAAAAAAAAACGGUCCUUAUCAGGACCAUCAAAAAUUUUUUGCAAAACAAAUUUGAUCGUACGCACGUUUUCAUGUUAAUGGUGUAUACAUAAAAUUUAUGCCAAACAUUUUGGAAAUCGUUAUUUUGAAGAGCAAAUUACGAGUUAUAAAUUAUCCGUAUUGCCGAUACUAGGUAGUUGCUAAAAUCAGACGAAAAUUUAUUUCUGUUGUCUUCAUAGAUCUUCGAUAAACUAUCGAAUCUUAUAGCCAGCGAGUCGAUUCGCGUUUUAAAACGUCAGGAAGUAGUAGAUCCGUCGAUUGCUAGCAUUAUCGGGUUUUCCCUAAACAAAAAUGAGAGAAAUUUAUCGUCAAGCGGUGCUUUCUGCGUUUUAUAUGUACGCGCUACUCACGUUGGUAAACGGUAUAUGUAUAGAGAACAACGGACAGUCUAUUACCAACGUUGGCACGUGACAGUUUAUGAAGAACUUUCAUCGGCCUAGUCAGGAGCUAGGUCGAUAAUUUACGAAUCUGCCGUUAUCUCAAUGCUCGGAAACGAUUACAAAAAAGAAUUGAAACUGACAGUCUGCCUGUUAUAAAUCCUAAGGAUUGCAGUCUUGUCGAGUUUCUACUUCAUUCAGGGUCCAUAUAUUCUCUUUUUCGUGUGCGAACGCGUCGAGGUUCAACCGGAUGCCAUUGCAUUGGUUUUACGACCCAUUCUGAAUUCGCACGCCAUGCAAUCGUAGCUUUGCACUGCUUUACGCUGAUCGAGACGAGUGAAUAUAAUUUUUCUCGUGUGAAUUGACUACCUGUAAGUUCGGUGAUAAAGUCAUGCAGUUACGACAACUCGUCGAUGUACGUACAAUAAUUGCAAUCGCUUAGC